AUGGCCAAAUGUAUCAACUUAGACAAAAUAGAACCAUUAGACCCUGUAGUUAGAGAUCAGUACAAACAAUUCAAGUUAGAUGUUACGCUGCAGGCUCUCGAUUCUUUUCGCCAAGGCAUCCCAAAAAAAAUCCUAUACUUCAACAACCUCCUAAAGCUAAACCACACUGUUGGAAGACUAUUUUUUGCAAAUGAUCUUGACAAGGACUCAUUUAAACCAACUAUUUGUGAUAUAUCUAAAAGGGGAAGGGAAGGUGAAUUGAUUGUGCCUUCCCAUAGACAAAUUGUCGAAGAACUGGAACGGAUAAAAGAUGAAGCCUCGGAGUUGAUCGAAAUGGUGGGUAACAUAAAGUUGUGGAUCCAACUAAACAUUCCUAGGAUAGAAGACGGUAACAACUUUGGAGUGGGAAUACAGGAAGAAGUGAUACAGGAACUUGCGCGUGUAGAAGACAGCGCGUUCAAUCUUUUCGACGCCAUCGUUAAGUAUUACAUGGCCCGUGCCAAGUUGUCUACUAAAGUAAUUAAGUACCCAAAUGUAUUGGAUUAUCAAGAAGCAAUUAGGGAAUUGGACGAAAAGGAAUGGAUUCACACUAAAAUCGCUAAGGUGGAUAUGAGAAAUAAUUAUAGUAUGCUUUACGAACUACUGUCAAAGAACUGGGAAAAGGUGGUAAAACCUAAGAGUGAAGAUGCCCACUCCCAUAUGACAUUUUAG